UGUUAAGUUGUUCGCUUUGUGAACUGUUCUAUACAGUUAUCGAGGUCUAUGCUGUGACUCGACUUUCACUUUAACGGUGUCUAUUCCGUUCCUUCUCCGAUACAUAGUGAUUGGGACCAGGUUAGUUUGUCACGUGACUUACAUUUCAUCACGCAGAGACACACUAGGUUAUGAGCGGAUGCCAAUCCUUGUACUUGUGUUAUUAGGCAGCGUAGUUAGUGCUGUUCUACGCUGAAGUGGUUGCUUUCCUGUUUUCUUUUGUUAGUUAAGUAUUCGUACCUGAGAUCUAGUUGAUGUGUUUGUUUUAUUGAGUUCUUUUCUUUAGCACCGUUCUUGUCCCUCACUUUAUUAUUGUCAUCUUUUGUGUGUGUAUAUAGUUUGUAAAUACACACGCUCGACCAGACUCAGCCUCGGUCUCUGCCUGUUUACUUGAACACACACCACAAUUUGCCAAUUGAACGGAGGCUUCCUUAGGACCGCAUUUUUAUUAUUAUUUUUUAAGUUUAAGUUUUCACGUGUUACGUCCGCAUAUCCUCUAGACCCAUAGCAGGACGUAACAUCACACUGAUCUUCAUCACAUCUGCUUCAUAAAUCCAGCAAAGACACCAAGGCUGAACGUCUGCAUUACUGCACUGAAUGUCCUCCUUCUCAGUGUGGAAAAUAUCAGUUCCAUCAUUUUUAAAUACAAGUACAGUGCUAGAGAGAGGGACACAGUCCAACACGUUCUGUUUUCUGCAGUUGGUGGAAAAGUUUUCUUUCUCAUUAUUAAUUUACAACAAACAUUGGGUCUUAUUUUAUGAAUAAAUCAAAAUAACCUUUUUAUUAUUUAACAGGAAAUGAGAGAAGUGAAAUGUGAGAGUUCUAUUGUGAUGUGAGGGGUAUGUGACCACAUGACCAUUAGAUGUGUUAUUGUGAUGUGAGGGGUAUGUGACCACAUGACCAUUAGAUGUGUUAUUGUGAUGUGAGGGGUACGUGACCACAUGACCAUUAGAUGUGUUAUUGUGAUGUGAGGGGUACGUGACCACAUGACCAUUAGAUGUGUUAUUGUGAUGUGAGGGGUACGUGACCACAUGACCAUUAGAUGUGUUAUUGUGAUGUGAGGGGUACGUGACCACAUGACCAUUAGAUGUGCUAUUGUAAUGUGAGGGGUACGUGACCACAUGAGGAUUAGAUGUGCUAUUAUAAUGUGAGGGGUAUGUGACCACAUGACCAUUAGACAUGUUAUUGUGAUGUGAGGGGUACGUGACCACAUGACCAUUAGAUGUGUUAUUGUGAUGUGAGGGGUACGUGACCACAAACAUUAGAUGUGCUAUUGUGAUGUGAGGGGUACGUGACCACAUGACCAUUAGACGUGUUAUUGUGAUGUGAGGGGUACGUGACCACAUAAAAAUUAGAUGUGAUAUAAUGUGAGGGGUACGUGACCACAUGACCAUUAGAUGUCUUAUUGUGAUGUGAGGGGUACGUGACCACAUGACCAUUAGAUGUGCUAUUAUGAUGUGAGACGUGACCACAUGACCAUUAGAUGUGCUAUUAUAAUGUGUGGGGUAUGUGACCACAUGACCAUUAGACAUGUUAUUGUAAUGUGAGGGGUACAUGACCACAUGACCAUUAGACAUGUUAUUAUAAUGUGAGGGGUACGUGACCACAUGACCAUUAGACAUGUUAUUAUAAUGUGAGGGGUACGUGACCACAUGACCAUUAGACAUGUUAUUGUAAUGUGAGGGGUACGUGACCACAUGACCAUUAGACGUGUUAUUAUAAUGUGAGGGGUACGUGACCACAUGACCAUUAGACGUGUUAUUAUAAUGUGAGGGGUACGUGACCACAUGACCAUUAGAUAUGUUAUUGUAAUGUGAGGGGCGCGUGACCACAUGACCUUUAGAUGUUAUAAAAAAUAAAACACAAGAAAUAUUUGUCACUAUAAAAAUGGAUGAACUUUAAAUAAAAAAAGUUAAUAAAUAAGAACAUAAAGCAAAGUUGAUUGAUUUAUGUACUAACUUAUUGCGCAAAGAUCUGUCUGUGAAGUCCAUCUAUAAAGUUUCUCCAACUUUAGAAACAAACUACAGCACAUAGCAAAAGUACAGUGAGGCUAAAUAUCUCCUUAUCUUCUCUAAAAACCUGCUUCCUCAUUUCAUUUCUUCAGUCUGAUAAGUCCAUCUGGUGUGGAGUGUCACAUGAUGGCUGUUGAUGGAUCUCCUCUAUAUCAUCACUUAUUGACUCAGAUAUAAGAUUCAGACCUGACCACUAAAUCCAACAGGUUCUAUGAGACUGUGCAGGAUUACGGAUCAGAGAUGGGACUGAUAGGAAAUUUGCCCCAUUUUAAACGAACCCUAAAGAAGGAGCUGUUACUUACACACAGUAACAUGAUCUUCAUUUAACAUCUUUCAUAGUUUGAAUUUAGGUGUUUAUUUUUACGCACUAUUGAGUGUUGCUAUGGAAACCAGUUAAUAGUUUUGUGAAUAAGUUAUUUAUAAAAAGUGCAGCAAAAUAAUAGUAUCGAAACCUUUCGCUUUGUGCGCGUGUGCAGCCGUGCGUGUGCGAGCGCGCGCGCUGUAUAACAUUUGUACGUGAAGCUCCAGCUGGACACCAGGACAUCAGGACACCAUGGAUGUCACUCAGCCCGCGCGCGUUAACGAGUCGGAUUAUCAGUACGAUUACUCUGAGUAUUACGAUUUAGAAGCGCUGGCGGAUUUUCGGCCGUGUGAGAAACACCAUGUGAAAAAGUUCAGCCGUUAUUUCCUGCCUGUGUUUUACUCGGUCGCGUGCGCUCUCGGUCUGCUCGCUAAUUUCACCCUGCUGUACGUGCUCGUGCGGAGCAAAUCGAUAAGAAGGGCUCAUCCCGCGUGCGUGCUGUGCGCGGACCUGCUGUUCACGUUCACCUUACCGUUCUGGGCGGUUUACGCAGCGCGGGACUGGGUCUUCGGGGAGCGCGCGUGUAAACUCGUCACGCUGGUGUACGCGGUCGGUCUGUACGGCAGCAACCUGUUCGUGGCGUGUGCGGUUUUGCGGAGCCGCGUGAACGCGCUCCGGUGUUUCCGACGUUUUGGGGAGACCACGAAGAACGUCGUAUGGUGCACGUGUGUGUGGAUGUUGUCUUGUCUGGCCUCCGUGACACACCUGCACUUCGUGGAGGAGCACCAUGCCCACGGCGAGACCCACUGCACCUACCACUUCCCACACGGCUGGAAGGUCUUCAUGCGCCUCCAACUGGUUGUGCUCGUCUUUGGGAUACCGUUCCUGCUCUUGCUCGGUUCCUCCGUCGUGUUGUUCCUGCGCACGCGUUCUUCAGUGUAUUCCAGAACGCUGAGACGUGCCUUCAUCUCCACUGGGCUGUUCUUUGCGCUCUGGUUUCCGUACACAUUGGUGAUUAUGCUACACCUUCUGCAGGAGCUGCACAUGGUCUCGGAGUGCAGCAUGAGUCUGCACCUGGACCUCGCCAUCCAGAUCACAGAGUGCAUCGCCUUCGCUCACGUCUUCAUCAACCCUGCAGCAUACGUCCUGCUCAACAAGCGAGUGUGGAGGGUCUUCAGGGCAAAGUUUAUGAGCCCAAGGGAGUACCUGCUCAACGUGUCGGAGCACACGGACAGUGUGUCCAGUCAGGACAACGGCGUAGAGUUAAGGGCUCUCCAAAGUUUCUCAAAUCCUGAGUAUGAGCAAGAAAACACUGAGAAACAAGGUCACUUCUUACCACGAGCCACAUAACCUUGACUGAGCUCACUAACUAGCAUAAAUGAAGAAGAAUGGACUAAAAGAUUGUCAGUUGCACAUCCUGCCAUAAAAAUGAUAAACAUCUACAAUUGUGCUAAAUAAAUCACAUUGUGCUGCUAAUAUUCGAUAAAUAUCAGUAUUUUAAUAUGAAUAAUCAUUAUUUAUAGCCUGUAUGUAACUUGUAGCCAACUUUAUAUAAAUCUAGCCUUAUCAUAGGAUAUUAGUCACUUCCUGCUAUUCAUACAAAGCUAACACAAUCACUUUUACUGUAUGCUGAAAGAAAUAAAUCGGUCAAUAUAUAAACAUC